UCCGCCGGGAAUGGGAGGGAAGACGCGGAGAAGGUGGAGAAUAGGAAUCAUGUGUGUUCCUCGAGUGUACAACCCACAUUUGAGUGACAAAUGACGAAGACAGUCGAUAAAAACAACUAAGCGCAAAGCCGACUGAUCCAUCUCCCUCUCUGUGCGUGUGCCUUUUCAACUAACUUUGGGAACUCAGUAGACCCAGCUUGGCUCCCCGCGCCGCCUCGCCUCCACUUUGGUUUCCCGCGUCCUGCCAGCCCUCUUCGGUGCCUCCUCUUCCUACCGGGCAAGGAUGGAGGAUCUCUUUAGACCCUCAAUUCCGCCGCCGGCGCCCAACCUCUCCGUGCCCAUCCUGCUGGGCUGGGGUCUCAACCUGACUUUGGGGCAGGGAGCCCCCGCCCCGGGGCCGCCCAGCCGCCGCGUCCGCCUGGUGUUCCUGGGGGUCAUCCUAGUGGUGGCGGUGGCUGGAAACGCCACUGUGCUGUGCCGCCUGUGCGGCGGCGGCGGGCCCUGGGCAGGCCCCAAGCGUCGCAAGAUGGACUUCCUGCUGGUGCAGCUGGCCCUGGCGGACCUGUACGCGUGCGGGGGCACGGCGCUGUCGCAGCUGGCCUGGGAACUGCUGGGCGAGCCCCGCGCGGGCACGGGCGACCUGGCGUGCCGCUUCCUGCAGCUGCUGCAGGCUUCGGGGCGGGGCGCCUCGGCCCACCUCGUGGUGCUCAUCGCCCUCGAGCGCCAUCGCGCCAUGCAUCGACCGCACGCGCGGCCGCUGCCCGCGCGCGCCCUCGCCGCCCUGGGCUGGCUGUUGGCGCUGCUGCUGGCGCUACCCCCCGCCUUCGUGGUGCGCGGGGGAUCCCCCUCGCCGCUGCAGCCUCUGCAGCCGCCGCUGCAGUCCCCGCAGCCCGGCGCGCCCCCGGCCGCCCGCGCCUGGCCAGGGGAGCGUCGCUGCCGUGGGAUCUUCGCGUCCCUGCCACGCUGGCACCUGCAGGUCUACGCGCUCUACGAGUCCGUCGCGGGCUUCGCAGCGCCUGUCGUGGUCCUGGGCGUCGCUUGCGGACACCUACUCUCCGUCUGGUGGCGGCGCCGGCCGCAGGCCCCUGCCGCUGCAGCGCCCUGGUGGGCGAGUCCCGGCCAAGCCCCCGCGCCCAGCGCGCUGCCCCGCGCCAAGGUGCAGAGCCUGAAGAUAAGCCUGCUGCUGGCGCUGCUGUUCGUGGGCUGCGAGCUCCCCUACUUUGCCGCCCGGCUGGCGAACGCGUUGUCGUCCGGGCCAGCGGGAGACUGGGAGGCAGAAGGCCUGUCGGCGGCGCUGCGCGUCGUGGGGAUGGUCAACAGCGCUCUCAAUCCCUUCGUCUACCUCUUCUUCCAGGCGGGCGACGGCUGGCUCCGGCGACGACUGUGGAGGCGACUGGGCUCGCUCUGCUGCGCGCUGCAGGGAGGCGCGGAGGAUGAUGAGGGGCCCAGGGGCCACCAGGCGCUCUACCGCCAACGCUGGCCCCAUCCUCAUUAUCACCAUCCUCGGCGGGAACUGGUAGCCGAUGGCGGCUUGCGCCCACCCCCUCCGCGCCCCAGACCCCUGCCCUGCUCCUGCGAAAGCGCCUUCUAGGUGCUUGAUGGUCAGAGACGACGGGUCAACUAUCGCUGAGACACAACCUCCAGGGAACUCGAGGCCUGCCAGGUUGUGUCCAGAUCACAAGGGGCAGGAGAGUCUGUGAGAGUGACACUGAAGUUGUCCCCUUCCUCCACUCUCCUAUUCCCUUCUGAUGUUUACAUUUCCCUAGGCUCUUCCAGUUUCUCUUCUUCCCUACAGUUUCUCUCACAUCUCCCCAUUUGGAGACAGCGAGCCACUGGGAAGUUGUAAAAACAAAGACAGUUAUUUUUGCAGUUUUCUUUCACGCAUUUGUAGUGCUCUGGAUAAGACUAACUUAUUUUUGCUAAAUUACCCAACUUUUAUUAUUUGCUGUGUUAUCAUCUGUACUUACUUAUUUUGAAUCGUGCUUAAAUCAAAUGUACCUUCAGCACCUGAAAAUUUGCCUUUUCUUUCCAGGAGGAAAAGCCCCACAUUGCUCUCCCUGGGGAGUCUGAGAAUUAUACCAGUGCUGUCAGAAAUGUAAUCAUCCUGUCAUUUCAGAAUCACAGAGUAUUUGUAAAAUAAAAACCUUUCC